AUGUUCGCCCCCACCCUGACCCUCCUUGUUCUCGCCCUGUCAACCCUAACUGCGCCCGCGGCCGCGCAGAGCGUGACCAUCGCCGCACCCGCCCCGAACGCCACGCUCCCGCGCGGCUCCAGCUUCGUCGUCGACGUCGACCGCCCGUGCGCCUCUUCCUCCAUCUUCUUCCCAGCGACCCUCACCGGCUCGCAAGACGUCGCGGUCGCGAUCGGGCUCCUCGGCUGCCCGAACGGCGUCUGCGCGGGGCUCAACGCGAGCGUGAGCAUCGGCCGGACGCUCUUCAGCGGCCCGUACGCGCCCACGCCGGUCGGGCACGGCCGCGCGGACCUCGCGCAGAACUUCACGGUGCAGGUCCCGGACAACUUCUCGCCCGGGCCGGCGCUGCUCAGCGUCGCGCACUUCGGGCUGAUCAUUGCGAGUGGAUCUGAGCCGUUCUUGGAGGUCGUAUCUGAGGAGGUUGUGAUCGGGCAGUAG